CUCAAACUGGGAGGUUAUAUCAGUUCGAACAUGAAGUUAUGCUCAAAUAUCUGUCUCGUUCUUGCUGUGAUAUUUAUACACGUUUAUGAGAGCGGGGCUAAAUACGAUUGGAAGACGAAACAAGUCUCCAAUGAAGAAAACCACUUUAUCUUUAAAGGCACGAAGUGGUGUGGACGAGGAAACAAUGCAAUGAGCUUUGACGAUCUGGGUAAACAUGUUCAGACAGAUGCUUGCUGCCGAGAGCAUGAUCAUUGCCCAUCCACUAUUCCUUCAUUCAGACGACGUUUUGGCAUUCUAAAUUACUACCCAAUGCACAUGAGCCACUGUUCAUGUGAAAACCGUCUGUUCAAUUGCCUAUGGAACAUCACCAGCCCUGUAUCUGUAGCUGUUGGCCGUCUGUAUUUCAAUGUCUUUCGCGCUCCUUGCUUUCAAUUGGUAGAAGUGAAAGUUUGCAAAAAGAGAUCCUUUAACUGGAAAAAAUUCAAGUUUGUUUGUAAAGAAUAUGGCGUGGAAUUGAAAGGAAAGACAUUCAAGCUUCGAAAGUUCCUAAAACAGUUCCCAGUACAACCUGAUAUGAAUAGUACUAGGAAUAUGGGGAAUACGACUCACAAACCAAUGCUAUAGCAAUAAAUAAUGUAUCUUAUACAAAUAGUGUAUUACCCUCAAUCGUGAUUAAWGUUCAGUCUUGCAUUUA